ACAUUUGCUUGAUAUCAUAACCAUGUGCCAGUCUGUCAAAAAGGAGUCGAAGCUCUCAAGAAUUAUCAAAUAUCAAACCAUGAAGAUCGAUACUUAGCUAUUUUCUUUAAUCGCUUUUCUCCUCAACCCCAAUUCCCCUUUUCGACUUCAAGUAUAUGUUGUAUUGAUAUUAAUCUCAUUGGGAGCAAGGUCUCAAGGCCAACACAACUGACCUGAAACAUGAGUGAGGUCACUGAAAGUCGUCGAUCUAAGCUGAAGCGACUUGACGGUCGUGUAGGAUAUACUAGACAAAUGUCUGUCCAAUCUGUUGAGCAGGAUUUAUUAUCGAAAAGAUUACACGAACAGUACAUAAUAUUGAAGCGUCAGAUUUUAAAGUACCAGGGCUGCGUAUUGGGAUUAUUUCCUGCCAUUGGGAGAGAUGGAGAACAAGCUAAGAUCGCUCAUGUGCGAGACAGCAUCUACUGUGCUGUGGCCACAUGGGCAUUGUCACAGGCAUACAGGAAAAUUGAUGAUGAUGAGGGACGGAUACAUGAGUUGUCCAUGGCAGCAGUAAAGUGUAUGCGAGGAAUUCUCUUCUGCUGGAUAAGACAGGCAGACAAGGUCGAGAAAUUCAAGUUAAACCAGAGUUCAUCAUAUGCCCUUCACUCUGUGUUUGAUAUAGUUACAGGGGAUCCAGUGUACAGUGAUGAGGAAUAUGGACAUCUACAGAUUGAUGUGGUGGGACUCUAUCUUAUAUACUUGGUUCAGAUGAUUCGGUCAGGAUUGAAGGUGAUCUACACAACAGACGAGGUAAAUUUUAUACAGAACUUGGUGUUCUAUGUGGAACGUGCCUACCGGACUCCUGACUAUGGCAUGUGGGAGAGGGGCAGUAAAUACAACAAUGGGUCUACUGAGGUCCAUGCCAGUUCUAUAGGGUUUGCUAAAGCUGCCUUGGAGGCUAUAAAUGGAGAAAACCUGUAUGGACCUGAAGGGGCUGUAUGGUCUGUCAUCUACGUUGAUAUAGAUGCUCACAACAGAAACAGAACAAUAUUUGAAACUAUUCUUCCUCGAGAGUCUAACUCUAAGAACACUGAUGCAUCCCUCCUACCUACUGUCAGCUGGCCAGCUUUCGCUAUACAUAAGAAACCUCUCAAACAUCGUACAAUAGACAAGGUCGUACGCAAGCUCAAAGGAAACCAUGGAGUCAAGCGCUUCUUACGCGAUGGUUAUCGGACAGUGUUGGAGGAUAAAACCAGAAAACAUUACAGACCAGCUGAGAUAAAGUUGUUUGAUGGGAUAGAGUGUGAAUGGCCAUUGUUCUUUGUAUAUCUCCUCAUGGACAAUAUAUUCCGCAAUGAUAAGGAAGGAAUAGAACACUACACCAAUCUCAUUAACCCCUUGCUCCGGAAGAGUAAUGAUGGAGACUUGUUGCCCAUGUUCUACUUUGUACCGAAGGAACAUCUAGAUUUGGAGCGUAACAUGAGACCGGGCACUGCCGAGUGGUAUCCUAGUGCUGAGGGCUCCACAGAUGGGGUGUUUUUGUGGGGACAAUCCAUCUACUUUAUAUCACAAUUGCUAAUGGGAGGGCUGCUGAAUGUGAUGGAACUAGACCCAAUUAGACGCCAUCUGCCUGCCUCAGAAAGACCUGUUAACAGCAUGAGGUACUCCUCAUUCCAGGUCACUCCUCCUGAUCUUGUGGUACAGGUGGCACUCAUAGCAGAAAGUUCACGACUGCAGCAGGUGUUAGCUACUUAUGGCAUCCAAACUCAGACUCCUAACCAGAUAGAGCCAAUACAGAUAUGGUCCCCCAAGGAGCUAACAAAGGCCUAUGAAUACCUGGGCAUCAACAACAAGCUUGGCCUCUCUGGUCGACCCAAACGUCCCUUCGGAGUUCUCAGCACAUCAAAGAUUUACCGUGUUGGAGGACAGACUGUGCUGUGCUAUCCUCUCCUGUUUGAGGUCAGUGAUUUCUACUUGGCUCAAGACAUGUCCAUUGUCCUGGAUGACCUCAAGAAUGACUUGGCCUUCCUGUCCCAAUGCUGGAAGUUGUAUGGCCGUCCUACAUUCUGUAUGAUUCUCCGGGAAAACAACAUCAGGGGUCAAAACUUUGGGGAGUUUCUUGACCUGUUGGCUCAGUUCAAACGUGGACAGGUGGACAAUAUCCGAGUACGUUUGGGGAAAUUACAGUCACUGAUCUCAGCUGCGACAGUAGAACACCUGGACUUCCUAUCCAACCUUCCUGAUCCCCUCAAGUUCUGUGCAUUUCAAGGGAAAACAAUCAGUUCCAGCUUUCGCAGCCUGACAGAUAUCCCCAAACUUCCAGAACUCAAUGAUGCUGACCUCAACAUGUCAGAUACUGAUCUCAGUCACAAAGCAACCUGGGACCUUGUUCAGAUGCUUGGUCACUACGAAGGUAUGACAGCCCGGUGUAGACUGAUGAAAGUCCUCUACCAGCGUGAGGGGCCUCAGUUCCGUAUUGACAAUGAGCCAUUGGCCAGUCGCAUGGACAAACUCAUUAACCAAGCCAGUCUGUACAAGAAGUGGUCGGUGGUCAGGGUGAUGGCAGCUAUGCUUGGCAAGUUAGUGGAUAGUCUUGCUCCAUCCAUCACCACUAUUCUGGUCAGAGGCAAACAGAUAACAGUGGGUGUUUAUGGACAUGAAGAGGAGGUUCUGGACAAACCCAUUAGUCCUAAUGAGCUGAAAAACAUCCUUUUCUCGGUCUGUCUUCCACACGAUAUUCCACAAGCCGUCAUACAACAGGAACUGAUUCUCUGUAUUGGUAAACUCAUCGCCACACAGCCAGAACUCUUUGAGGGCAUCCUCAAAAUUAGAAUAGGGUGGUUUGUGCGUGCCAUGCAGAUAGAACUAGAAUCAGAUCAGACAGACUUAUACUCUCUGUCACCAAGUGAUAUCAAACAGAGGCUCUACUCCUUGCUCACUUGUAAUGUAGAAGACGCCCAUCUUCGUACACCGCUCCAGCGAAGACAGUUGGACGGUGCCCUUAAUAGGGUACCAAAGGACUUCUAUGAUCUAGUGUGGCAGAUCCUCGAAAACACUCCUGGUGGUAUCAAAGUGGCAGGCUAUCAUCUACCACAGCAUCCAACUCUCUCUGACAUGACUAUGUAUGAACUCAACUUCUCCUUGUUGGUGGAACAAAUGUUAAGUAAGAUUGUUGACCCGUCUUACCGUCAGAUCAUGGUUGAGACAUUUGUUGUGGUGUCAACUAUGCUGACAAGAAACCCAGAGGUGACAUUUGAGCAGUCAGUCAACAUGGAUAAGAUAAUCCAUGAUGCAUUUGAGGAUUACCAGAGAGACAAGAGUAAACAUGAGGGUCAAGAAAAGAUGGAUGAGAUGCGAAAUUUUUUUAAUACGCCUGCCAAUGUCCGUCAUGGUACGACCAGCUACAUUACUAAAGCUGUCAUCCGUAACCUCCUAGAGGGAGAGGUGAAGUUUGUUGGUGACGACUUCUGCUGCAUCACCUGAGCAAGAUCACCACGUCAAGGUCAUAGUUUUAUAGUCCAGCUGUGAUUAUGCUUAGGUCUUGAUGGCUUGAUUGUGCUCAGGGUCAAGGCCAUCAUUAGACAGAAGUAGAUAUCCUUGCAAAUGCAGUUUGUUGAUGCCAAUGGAUAGACAUCUUCAUGCUUACCACACUUUCAAGGUUAGUUAAGCUUUAAGGUCAACGAUGGAUACCAAGAAGAUCUUUUCAUUUAUCAUCAUGACAGCUGUUUCUGAUGUGAAAUCUUUCAACACACAUAGUGGUUUAGGAGAGAAAUGUGUGACUUCCUUAAUGAAGACUUCAUAUCAUCCUCUAAUGACAACUCUCAUUAAAGACCACCCCAAUACUGUGAGAAAUAUUCCUAUUAAAGUGCUCACAUUCUGUAACACACCUACUUAUGUGACAUUUUUCAACUGAGGUUAUGUUGAAAUGUUUGGAAAAUUCCCUGCUCUUGGAUUUUCUCAUAGAUUCCAGGAAAAUGUUUUUUUUUCUAAGAAAAAAAAAUAAUGUGGAGGUUUAGUAAUAAAAGGCAUAAUAGGUAAGUAUAUGUAUGAUGUAACUGUGCUAGAUGUGUCAUAAUACCGUACUGAAUGUAUUUAUAUUAUCAUGCUAUAUUGAUGAAUAAGUUGAAUUAAUAUCAUGUUCUUAUGAGAAGAGUUAGAUCUGGUGCUACAAACUGGUGCAAUAGUGUCUCGCAAGAAAGUUGCUUAUGUCAGAUGUCUGUGCUUCUAAUUAUUACUGUCACAAAAAAUAUGGAGCUGUGUGGUUUUAGAAUCAGUCUUGUUUGUUUUUUCCAUAAAAAAGUUGACCUCUAGUACCUAAAUUUUGUAGCUCUUUAUCCAAAUGCCGUCAACACCAGUAACUAUUAGUGUCAGAUACCUUAUACAUGAUUGUACAUAUAUUCCAAUAAGAAGAGGUUUGCUUGUAAAUUAGUGCUAUCCUGAAUGUUAUUUACGACCCUGUUAAGUCUAGACAGGGACCCAGUUAACAGUGUUUCUAUAUAUUUAUAUCUGAUUGUUGAUGAAUAAACUUUCGUUUUUA